AUGAUUGCUUUAUUGUCAGAAAAUUCCGAUAAAUUACUUGUUGGGUAUUUGGGGACAGAACCUUCAUUAUUUAAAAUGCCGGCAUCAGAAACUCGUUUUAUAGAUUUUGAAGAAAAGAAAAAAGAAUUGAGGGAAUUCGAAAAAAUAAUUUUUUUAAGUGGAAGGGAAGGAGAAAAUAAAGAAGAAAAAAUAAAUAAAAUAUUUAAUUUUGAAGUUUUUAUCGAUAAAAAUUCAAAUUCAUUUAAUGAAGGAAUUAAAUCAGCAACAAUUCAAAUUAAUUUUAAUAAUGAAGAAGGAAAUAAAAUAAAUGGAGAAUUAAUAUUAAAUAAUUUAAAUAAUCUUUAUUGUUUACAAGGAAAUCAACAAAUAUUGAAGGAAAUUGAAAAAUGUUAA